AUGCUGAUUCAUGAAACGCAAUACGACACGGUCACCGGAUACUUCAUUCAGGGUGCUAAAGCACACAAUUCCUCCAAAGUUCCGACAGACGACAAGAAGGUCAUUACCGUUGGUUUUUACAGUAAAAAUGGCAUACGGCUGCUUAGUGGGCAUGUCCACGAAGAUGGCUCUUACCAGCUAUUCGAAAGUCGAGCGGGCAAGGAAAUGGGGAGAGGACAAGGAGUGGACGAGAAAUCCACAGCGGAGGAGUCUGGCAUUUGUAUGGGCGGGUCAUCGGCUGGAGGUGCUACCAUCCCAGUAAUCCUACGGACCCUGUUCUCAAAUUACGGUUGGACGUGGUCUAUCCGCGUUAUCGCCUUUAUAGCUUUGGGAUGCUACGCAGCAGCAAUUAUUCUAGUCAAAGGCCGCCUACCAGCUGCCAGCAACAGCAAAGCAACAAUCGACUUCCGGGCCUUUGGGUCCCCUCGACUUUGUUUUUUGACUGUGGCAGUCUUCUCCUUGGAAUUCAUCAUCUUCGGCUGCGCGGCACUAUUGCCGACAUACGUCCGCUUUGCUGGCUUUCCAACAGACGUGCAAUUUUACUCGCUCACAGUCCUGAACUGCUUUGGCUUAGUAGGAAGAGUCCUUCCCGGAUUUGCGGCCGACAAGAUCGGCCGUUUCAACAUCCUGCUCUGCCUAGUCCUACUCACGUUUAUCAUAAUGGCAACGGUCUGGCUGCCUGUUGGCUCUCACGAUGUGAGGACUCUAUACACUGUGGUGGCUAUCUUUGGAUUCGGAUCUGGGGGGUGGAUCUCCCUUGCUCCUGUAUGUGCUGGCCAGCUCUGCAGGACCGAAGAGUAUGGUCGGUUUUACGGUACCCUAUACUCCGUGGCUUCGUUCGGGGUUUUAUUGGCUGUUCCCGUGGGAGGUGACUUGUUGCAAUCGACCACAUCCCAGAUUCUUAUCGGGUUUUACUCGGCUGUGCUCUUGGUCGGGCUUGUUGGUCUGAUAUUAUCUCGAUGGGCUCUGCUGGACUGGAAGUGGAGAUGGAAGGUUAAAGUAUAA